AUGCUUCGUUCGAUAUCUAAUCUCGUGUAUCGCGGUAAUGUCUGGCAUAGCUUCCCCAGGAUAUUCUUGUCACUGAAGAUGCUUCAAGAAAGAACAACGCAAUCAACCACUGAUACCAGUGAUAAUACCGCUAAUGGAACUAAAACGUCCAGCGGAUCUACAGGAACUGAUGCACAUAUAACCGGAUUGCCGCCUAUUGUUAUUUACACCGAUGGUUCAUGCAUUGCGGACUACGCAUCAGGCAUUGGUAUUUAUUUCGGACCUAAUCAUCCCUUAAACAAAAGUAAAAUGAUUCAUGGCUACGAACAUAAUAGUGGAUUAGCUGAAAUAAUUGCAGCCAAAACAGCAUUGAAAUCACUACGAAAAUGGAAUUUCUACAAAGGUGAAAAUGUUAUAUUACGCACCGAUUUUCUACCACUUAUAUAUGCAAUGAAUAACGAUGGUUUCAAUGGACGAUUUCAUAAAGAAUACUCUCAAUUGAAGCGAUUAGCCAGCAGAUUUCCACAUGGCGUACAAUUUGAGCAUGUUUUUGGCCAUGAAGGAGAGCAUGGAAACGAAGAAGCAAACAAUUUGGCCCGUCAAGCAACUAUGGAUGCUCGAUUGGCACGAUCCCAUAGCGCACCACCGUUUCGUGAUUUGUCAUGCAGUCGUGAAUUUCUGAUACGUCACCGUUCACGAUCACGUUCACGAUCACGAAACCGCAAACGUUUCAGACGUAUUAAUUCUUCAAAUCAUCGUCGGAGUCGGAGCGCUUAUAUUCCAGGGAAAUAUUCCAGAUGA